AUGGAUAAAGACAUCCAUCCAUUCAUAUGCUUGUCGUGGCUUUUCUUUCAAUUCACCAGCGGUCCGUCCCGUAUGGCUCUGGAUUGGCUCACAGACACGAAACCCAUUGUGGAUGAACACGCACUGGAGAUGGACAAAGACAUCCAUAAAGGUGCUUGCCCCGUCGCUUUAUUUCAAUUUGCCCACGGUCCAUUGUGCAGAACUUUUGGACUGACCCAUAUGUCGGUUGGCUUCAAUUAUACGUGUGGUCUGGUCGACAAAGGAGCUGCGGCGGGCAGAGAAGCCGUUGCUUUCAUUGAAAGUUUGUCGGCGAUGCAGAAAGGCCCUUUUUUUAUAUCUCCCAUUACUUCGAUGCAGGAAGGCAUUAUACUGGCGGUGAGCUUGAAUUUUCUUUAUGGGAUCUCUUGUCGCUUUGUUUCAGCACCACGAGAUUUGUUGGGUGCAAAAUGUCGACAAGGACGUGAUGGCGGGGCUUCGGCACACGCAACGGCAAAGGAUCUGGCACUGAACAAUAAUGGACAACUGGCGGGGAAAGGGCUUACGAUGAACAAUGGCGUGAAACUGGCAGGAAAGGGCUUGACGCCGCACAAUGGCAUGCAAGGGCGAAGAAUAAUGAUGGACAACCGCGGCGAAGGGCCUGGCAAUGAAUAA